GUAUACUUAUAUACCUCGUUGUCGAGCCUCGAACCAACUACUGAAAACAACCCGCUCGAGAUUUGCAUGGUCUAUCUGCUAUAGCCGAUUCCAGCAUUACGUUCUAAUCAAUGGCCGCUGCUCCCCAGUCUAUCUCAGUCGCAGAGGCGCGACAACUCGUGGAAAGUAUCCAGGACAAAAAGGGGUUUCUCUCCGAAGAUGACCUCGAUGCUAUUGACCCUCCAGGUAGCAGCAUUCGUCGGAAGGUUGAAAAUGCCAUGUUACGAAAGGAUAAGAUCAUAGGGCAAGGCGUCCUAACAUACAGUUUAGCGAAAAAUCUCUAUACAUCCAACGCGCGAUUCGUAUUCGAGCUACUUCAAAAUGCAGACGAUAACAACUACAGUAGAGCUACGGCUUGCGCACGGGGCGCGAGACAGCGGGCAUUGUUUAUAAAGAUGUCAGCGGGACAUUUACCGAGUUGCUGCUUGACACAGGCUCCCUCGAUAGCACUGCGCGAGUGAUGUGGGAAGUAAUAAGACCAACUUAUUUGAUCGAGGUCAAGACAACAACACAGUCCGUCAACGCGCCGUUCUUCGUGAGCGGGCGGCAGUUCC